GGCGCUGCUGAGGUCAUUGCGUCAAUUUGCGCCUUCCUCGGCCGCGCCGAGACGAGUGGACACGGCCGCGCGACAGUCGCUGGUGCGUGCGUUGCGGCAGCAGAAGCCCCGGCGUCUUCAGGAGCGCGUAGCGUGCGGCAAGCUGGAGCAGGGCGCCGGCAGCAGGGCUGCCACCAUGGUGGUGGGAAGCGUGGAGCGCGCGCACGGACACGGACACGGCAGGGGCCCGCGCGCACAGCACGUGCGCCACCAGGCCAGGCAUCGUCAGUAUGACGAUGAGGAGAGCGGGUGGGCGUGCAUGAACUGGUUCGAGUACAUGCUGGUGGUGGUGUUGGCCAGCCUACUGCUGCUCGGCGCCCUCACGCUGACCCUCUUCUGGGCGCUGUACUACGCCGGGGGCUUCGCCUGGACCGAGGAGCCCGCUCGCCAGUUCAACCUCCACCCCGUGCUCAUGGUCGCCGGGUUCAUCACUUUCAGUGGCUUCUCCCUGUUACUGUAUCGAAUCUGUCGAUGCUGCCGUCGCAUCUAUGUGAAGCUGUUCCACACAAUCUUUCAUGCUCUUGCCAUACCAUGCAUUGUGGUUGGAUUUAUAGCAGUACUUGAUUCACACAACCUUGCAGAUCCACCAAUAGCAAACUUCUACUCCCUGCACAGCUGGAUGGGGCUGGUUACCAUGGGCCUGUUUGCACUGCAGUUUGUUGUAGGCUUCUUCAGCUUCCUGAUCUUGCUGUGCUGCGAAGGUGCAACAGCAGCAUUCCGAGCUUCUCUGGUACCCAUACACGCAUCCUUUGGCAUAACAACUUUCAUGCUGGCUGUAGCGACAUGCCUUACAGGUCUCACAGAGAAGGCCUUCUUUAAACUUAGCACCAAUUACCAGAAUUUGCCUGAGGAGGCUGUCAUAGUGAACGCACUUGCCAUAGUGCUUUCAGUCAGCGCAGUUGUUGUUGGCUACAUCGUCAUGAGGGAUGACUUCCGUUACCGUGGUCGUAUUCUGAUUACAUCAGAUGGAGAUCUAUGAAGAUCUUAACACUUCUCAUAAGCUUCUCAUGUGAUAUUCAGAAAACUAUUUACAAAGAAUAUAAAUUGAGCUUUCAUAUUUUCAUUCAUAAGAACACUUUUGAUUAAGUGAUUGUAUUGAGCGAUGCUCAAAUAAAAACAUUUUUUGUUACACUUCUUGCCUGUUCUCUGAUUCUGAUUACUCACUUGUGGAAAUAUUCAGAUUUCUCUUACUUUAUGGUAUGUAUCAGCCCUAAAUCAGCUUACUAACUUCACUGCACAGCAGAUGGCACUCUUAAGGUGAUGGUACACUGCACUGAAUGUGUUUGGUAUUAGUCUGUCACACAGCCUUUUAACAAUAACCUGUUGCUUUUCAGUCACAGUGGACACCUAACGUCAUUAAUUCAUCUUUCUUAAUUCCAUCAUGGUGAAAACUGAAUCCAGUUUUUUAAAGUAACAGUUUCAUGUUUGUCUAUCUUUCCUGUUUAUAAUUAUAAUUUAAUACUCUUGUCUUAUGCACCCUUGUUUUUUCCUCUUUUUAAGUAACACAAUAUUAAAUGUAUCAGAUGCAAGAGUUCAGGUAAACCAUUCAUUUACUAGAAUUAGUCUCUAUCAGCAUUUGCAGAAAGCAAUAUGUGACUUUCUUAUCAAGAAAAAUUAGUUUUAUCUUGCACAGUGAUAGUUAAAACUAAGUAUUAAUGAUCAGCUUAGAAAAUUACCUUAGGCUGGUAACAGUUACUGACAAGAAUUCGACAGAGCUAUGCAAGUUCUGGAAAGCUGUUCCUUGUCAUUUGAAGUAUUUGCCAGAAAAACAUUUUAUUUUCUGUCUGCUAGUGCUUAGUGAUGAAUAUUUUCUCAAAAAGUUGCUAUGUUUAGUGAGAGAUGAACUUCUAACUCUGCCAGAAAUUCACAUGCAUAUCAUUCAGUAUGUUUUGUGUCGUUAUCCAAGAAUACGAAGGAAAUGAAAAAUCUUUAAUUCAGAGAGCAUCAAUAGAUGCCAUUACAGUAUCUGCUGGCUAUGGAUUCAAGACACCUGCAUUUUUUCACAAUGAAAUUUUGUUUUAGUAAAGAACAGGACACUAUAGCUCUAAGUCAAACGUAACUAAACAGCCUGUUUUCAUAUUGAAAAAUGUUUGCAUGUAAUUAACAUCGAACAAGUAUAUCUCAGUUAUUACCAAGCGUCUGUGAAUGAACCACUGAGUAGCUGUAUUACUCUUGCAGUGAUCUAUGCCUAGCAUAAUACUGGUUUCAUUCGUCAGCAAACACAAUAGACGUGAGGCUAAUGGAGCAGUACCAAAAAAGACAACUUACAGGUGACAGUCAAAGUUACGCAAUAUUGCCAUUUGCAAAAGAGUUUUUUUGGUUUUUAUCAGUUUCUGUAAUUUUCUUGUUCCCAAAAUUUAAAAACAUACAAUGAAAGUAUUUCAUAAUUUGAAGGUUUUAUUAUACCUCCCUAAUACACUUGAUUUAUUUAUUUUUAGAGGCUCUGGGGCAAUUCUUCAGUACCUGUCACAUUUUUGUUCAUUUUGGAUUUUGCUGCUUCGGCAGCAGUAUUCAGGUGUGAAAGACCAAUAUAGUCUGACAUGACCUUAAUUUGUAUCAGUCUAAAUCAUAAUGUCAUUUAUUAUGUUUUACUCACGAGAGACUGAAGUUUGUUUUCUGUCCUCCUGUGGAAACACUUAUGUGAUGUUGGCAGAAAUGCAAAACACCCAUUACAAACUUGCUGUUGUUUGAACCAUGUUUAUGCUUGUGUUGUCUCACAGGGUUCCUGCAUGGUGUGGCAUGUGCACAAAUUUAUGUUUGUUUCUCUGUGUGCUUUCAGCUCUAAGUAUUCGGAGAUGCCUGAGGAAGGGAUAAUCAUGAAUGCUCUG